AUAAAAGAGUAAAUAAAAUAAUAAUAAUAAUAAUAAUAAUAAUAAUAAUAAUAAUUAUUAUUAUUAUUAAUGGGUAGUGCCCCAGUGAGGCACUACCUUGGCAUGGUUGUGGGGCUUGUGUACUCUGAUGAAGGUGAGAGCUAUGCCAGAGGUCCAACCAUACUGGACAGGUCUCACCAGAGGAGCCAGACAAAGAGUGCCUCUCCCAUCAACAAUAUGGUGAGACAUAACUUUAAUAAAUCUAUACCGGAUCGGUCGUCGCCCGGGUCAACAAGGACCGCGCCAGAUGCUAUAGUCCCUGGACAUCUGGUGGCAAGUGGGCAACAGGACUCAGGAUCUUCAGUUGAGCAACCAGGGCUGGAGACAGCAAAGUUACUGGAAGAAACGUCACUUAACCGAAAAAAAUAUACGAAAAAUGCCAACAAGGAAAUAAUGAUCUGCUAUUACAAGUCUAGUCCAACUAGAAGAGGUUAUUUAAAAAGAAUGUACCAAAUUUGGAAAGAGAAGCAUCCAGACACAGAAAUAACAGAACAAAGGCUAGCAGACCAGAGAAGAUUCAUAAUAAGAAAUAAAGUAUUCACAGGAGUUGAGCUGGAAGAACUGGAAAGAGCAACACAGGCUCAAGAUAUGGAAGAAGAAUUACCACCAACUGAAGCAGUUGCUCAGGCGCAGGUGGAGGAGGUGUUGGAAAUCGAGGAUGCCACUGUUGCUGAACUGUUUCAAAAUCAAAGCGAGGCCUCCCCUUUGCCUUCACCUCAAAAACCCAAAUGCUGUUUAACAGAAAAGCAACAAGAACUAAAGCAAAAAAUAACUGAGCACAUGAACCAAACAACCACCAGGGUUCGACUUCCCGCUCUAAAAACAGUUGCCAAAAAACAACUUGCUCAGGCAUUAAAAGAUGUCAAUGCUGCACUUGCAGAAAUAACAACCAAUAAUUUGCAAGAAACAAAGCAACUAAUGUACAGUGCAGCAACAAUAACAACACAAGAGCUCGGAUAUAAGAUCAGUGGACCUGUCAAAAAAGAAAGCAGUACAUCACCUACAUGGAAGAUUAGAUUAGAAAAUAAAAUCUCCAGGCUUAGAUCAGAUGCUAGUAAAUUGAAAUAUAUGAAAGACAAGAAGCUGAAGAAUGAAAACACCAAACAUUAUCUGAUCAAAAAAUACCACCUAGAUUCAAGGAAAAUUAGAGAAGUCCUGGAAAUAAUAAAGCAGCAAAUAACAGCAGUGUCAAAGAAGAUUAGCAGAUAUGAAGCCAGAAUUACACAACACAGGCAGAAUCUCCAAUUCCAGUCAAAUCAGAGAUGUUUCUACCAAAGCAUAGAAGGAGAAACUGCAAGAAACCUAGAAACACCAAAUAAAGAAGAAACAGUGCGAUUCUGGCGGGAAUUAUGGGACAAUCCAAUAGAUUAUAAUAAAAAAGCAGGGUGGAUGAAAGAGGUCAAAAAAUGCAACCAACAAAUGCAAGAUCUAAUAAUAACACCAGAAUUAAUAAGUGAAAGAGCAAAGAAAAUUAAAAAUUGGACUGCGCCAGGCGACGAUGAACUGCAUGGCUUUUGGCUUAAACACCUAACAAGCCUUCAUAAACAACUAUCAAAACAGUUCAAUCACAUUAUGAAAGGCGGUGAUAUUGAACAAUGGCUAACAACUGGGAAAACUCAUCUCAUCAUGAAAGACCCAGCAAAAGGUGCAGUUCCAAGUAAUUAUAGACCGAUAACCUGCCUGCCAACCAUGUUCAAAUUAUUAACUGGAAUAAUAGCAGAUGAAGUGAUGCAACACUUAUUAACUAACAAACAGCUUCCAGUUGAACAGAAAGGAAAUUGCCCGAACACCAGAGGCACAAAAGACCAGCUGCUGAUUGACAAAAUGAUUUUAGAAAACUGCAAGAGAAGAAAAAGCAAUCUAAGUGUUGCAUGGAUUGAGUACAAGAAAGCCUUCGAUUCAUUGCCUCACACAUGGAUACUAAAAUGUUUAGAAACAACUGGUGUCAGCAAAAACAUUCAGAUAUUUAUAAAAAAAAGCAAUGAGCAUGUGGAGUACACAGUUAACAAUCAAUGGCGAAGCACUUGGACAGGUUAGCGUUAGAAGGGGCAUUUUCCAAGGGGACUCACUAUCCCCUCUGUUGUUUGUAAUCGCCAUGACCCCACUUUCACAAAUACUAAACAAAACAGGCCUCGGAUACCAAACAUCUAAAACAUCAAGUCAAAUCAACCAUCUGCUGUACAUGGACGAUCUGAAGUUGUAUGGAAAGUCUCAGUCAGAAAUCGAAUCACUGCUAAACACUGUCCGUAUAUUCAGUAGCGAUAUAGCAAUGGAGUUUGGACUAGGCAAGUGUGCUGCAUUAAUAAUGAAAAGAGGAAAAGUAACAAAAACAGAAGGAAUAGAACUGCCCAAUGGAAGCAAGAUCAAGAACCUGGAAGAGAAAGAACCUUACAAAUACUUGGGCAUUCUCCAGGCUGAUAACACUGCACACACUGAAGUUAAAAGAAAAAUUGGAAGUGAAUACAUCAGGAGAGUCAGAAAAAUCCUCAAGUCCAAACUCAAUGGCGGGAACACCAUACAAGCCAUAAACACUUGGGCUAUACCUGUUAUCAGAUACACUGCAGGAAUAAUAGACUGGACCCAGGCAGAGCUAGAGACGCUAGAUCGUAAGACCAGGAAAAUCAUGACCAUCAAUCAUGCUGUGCACCCCCGCAGUGAUGUAGAUAGGCUCUACCUCCCUCACAGCUCAGGUGGAAGAGGAAUGCUGCAAGUCCAUCAAACAGAAGAGGAGGAGAAAAGAGGCCUUGAAGAAUAUAUCAAGGACAGUGAAGAAGAUGCACUUCAAAUGGUCAAGAACGAGAAACUAUUCAACACCAAUGAAACAAAGCAGGCCUACAAGAAAGAACAAGUCAAGAACCGAGCAGAAAAAUGGAGAAAUAAGCCCCUGCAUGGUCAAUAUUUGCACAAUAUAAGUGGAAAAUCAGACAUCACCAAGACCUGGCAAUGGCUUAAGAAAGGCAACCUGAAGAAAGAAACAGAGGGUUUAAUACUGGCUGCACAAGAACAGGCACUAAGAACAAAUGCAAUAAGAGCAAAAGUCGAAAAAUCCACAAAAAACAGCAAGUGCCGCCUUUGUCAAGAAGCAGAUGAAACCGUGGACCACCUAAUCAGCUGCUGUAAAAAGAUCGCACAGACUGACUACAAACAAAGGCAUGACAAAGUAUCAGGGAUGAUACACUGGAACAUCUGCAAAAAAUACAAGCUACCUGUAGCCAAACAUUGGUGGGACUAUAAAAUUGAAAAAGUUUUAGAAAAUGAAGAUAUAAAAAUAUUUUGGGACUUAAGACUACAAACAGACAAACAUCUGCCACACAAUACACCAGAUAUAACUGUAGUUGAGAAGAAAGAAAAACAAGUCAAAAUAAUCGACAUAGCAAUGCCAGGGGAUAGCAGAAUAGAAGAAAAAGAAAUAGAAAAAAUCACCAAAUGCAAAGAUCUACAAAUUGAAACUGAAAGGCUGUGGCAGAAAAAGACCCAAAUAAUCCCAGUGGUAAUUGGCGCCCUGGGUGCAGUUCCAAAAGACCUUGAAGAGCACCUCAACACCACGGGGGCCACAGAAAUCACCAUCAGCCAAUUACAAAAAGCAGCUUUACUGGGAACAGCCUAUAUUCUGCGACGAUAUCUAUAACAAUCCUCUCUAAUAAAACGCUUGGUGUCCGUCCGUGCCUCCCUCGGCCGUUCUGCACAUGCGCGGAGCGCAUGCGCAGGACAGCCGAGGCAGAAACGGAGACAGGCAGCAGGCGGACAUGUUUCUGACUCUGCCCGGCCACGGGGAGGACAGAUGCGGCUCCGGCAGCCGCUUGGAGGCAAAGACAGCGGCGGGACCAGACCACCCGCGGGCGGUAGAUAAAGAUGGCUGCGACAGCCGCUUGGAGGCAGAGACGGCUGCGAGGGGACCGGGAGGGCAGCGGGAGGGAGCAACGGAAAACAGCCACAAAUACGUAAAAAGCGGCGGACACAGAACGGAGAAGGGACCCAGCAGCAGGGACCAGGCGGUUAAAAAGCACACACUGAAAACCCAGCGGAAGGAAGAGGAGGAGGAGGAGAGCGAACAGCUGGAAGGAGCAGCCGCACCUCUACAAGUUCCGCGGCUCCUCCGCGGUGGAGCUGCUUGAGAGAGGGAUGGCAUGGUCGGAAGCAGAGCUGAAGGGAACCACAGACCUGGAGAAUGGAGCAGGGAAAGGCGGCGGCAGCAUGCGCGCCGCAAACGAUAUAACCAACGGCCACCACGAGACCAACAGUACGCAGGAGCAGCCGCUCAGAAGCUCUUUCUCCACAGCGCCUUCUCAGUCGGGGGAAAAGGCGGGAGAAAAAGCCCACUGCGAAAAGCCCUGUGUCCUCCACAAAGAGAAAAUCCUUCUUCUCCCUCAAGCACGAAGCACACUCUAGAGCCAGAGAAGAGAGAACUCCCUGGCCAGGAAAGGAAAUCGCUGGCUGCGCUCGCCCAGCCGAGCCGCGAGUGAGGGAAAAAGCACAAAACAGCCAAACACGACUGCUGGCCAUUCUAAUUCGAUCUAACCCAGCUACAUAAACGAGCCUGGCUCCAGGCACUUAGGCUAGGUGGCAGGGAUAAGAGUUGAUAAAGCUCUUCACAAAAUUGAGAAACCACAAACAACAAGACAAGCAUUUUGCAGAGGUUAAAAUAUGCUAGAAAAAAGAAAAAAGAAAAAUCAAAUACUACGGACAAUGCAUGAUAAGUAGCAAUUCUGUUCACAGCCCACUAAAGGUAAGGAAUCUGGCAAGUAAAAUAAUUUGUACAAAACUAUCUAACUGGAUAAACAGUUCCAACAAAGCCAAAAUAAUCCUUUAAAAAAUCAUAAGAAACAGACAAAGGCACUCUCACCCCUGGACUUCCAGGCUGAAGUCCCGGGCCUCCACUCCCUUGGGGGGCCCCCUUAUCCUCUUUAAUCUGUCCCGGGUGGUGUGAUCACCACACCUCACCACUGGUCUGCACUGUGCUGAGCAGCCGAGUGUGACCUCUGUUUUAGAGACAAAGGGGGUAUGGGGAAAGAAAUAUGUGGGAUGGGAAUAUGUUAAAUUGUGUGUUGAAAUGUUUCUGCCAAACCAUUUUUGCAUCUAUACUUGUUUUAUAUUCUUACAUCUUGUGAGUUCAGUUGCUGUGUGUGCCCUCAAGAACCCACGUGUUAAAAAUACUGGAAGUGUCACUGUGUGUGUGUGUGUGUGUGUGUGUGUGUGUAGGGGAAUGAAGUUUAACUUGCAGAGGGUGGAAUGGGGGCCUCCAAAGGCCUUUAGGACCAGGCUCCAAAAUUACCUAGGUGCACCUAUGGAAACAUAUAGGCUUUCCAAAAUCACAGUACUUUGUUAGACAUGCGGGAAACUAUUUGCUAUCUAUAGGUAGGCACAUUUAUGACUUAUUUAUGAAAUCUAAAAUUUCAAGGGUACAGUUCUCUCGAAUGUUCUUUUCUCAGUUGCCUCAAGAAUCAAGAUGAUGUUUUCUUCUAGCAAUAAUACUUUUGAAUAUGUUAUCUUGGAGUUUCAUAUAUCCAUUUCAUCCAAUGCUUUGUGAUUUGCCAUGUGGUUGCUAGCUGCCAAAACAAAGCAGAACUAUGUGGGUGACACUGCAUUUGAGAAGAUGUGAGGCAGCUUCCCUCAUGAUUAGGCCACUUUCAACUAGCCCAGCACAAUACACACACACACACACACACCUCCAUAAAAAUGGAAACAGCUGCAUUACAUACUCAUAAUAUGUUUCUAUAGAUUCUGGUGGCUGUCUGAGAAACUUGAAGUCAGUAAUUGGCUCUACUUUUAAUUUCCUGUGUU